AUGAACCCACCGUUUAAGCCUCUACUCAGUAUAGGGGUGAGUUAUAUUGUCGACACUUGCCCGCAAGUCGCACCAAAUGUAUUACAGUACCUACAAACAAUCUUAGAUGGAUAUAUUGAAGGAAAAAUAAGUCAAUAUAAUGCUGCAGCAGAAUACACGAAAUAUAUUGGCACAAGCCUUCCAUUACAAAAGGUAACAAGAAUUCUAACUGUGUCACCACAACCCUUAAAAAGCAUUAAAGAAUAUCCGGCCGAAGCCCAGAGUUUUCUUUUAAUGAAAAAAACACGUUCAUGGAGCGAGAUAGAGGAUAUACGUCUUAUUGCAGGCAUUCACAAAUAUGGUCUGGACUCUUGGGGUACAAUAGCCUGUUUCGUCGGAAAUAGUAGAACGAAAGCACAAUGUUGCCAAAGGUGGACUCGAGGUCUCGACCCUCGCAUAACAAAAAUGCACUGGACACCUAAGGAGGAUGCGGCAUUACUGGCAAGUAUUUCAAAGCAUGGCAUAAAAAGUUGGACGAAAGUUUCGAACGAUAUACCAUCAAGAAGCGAUGUGCAAUGCCGUUAUCGAUAUCAUCAGUUGAUUUCAGGAAAUUUACCGCAACAUGAUUCUUUAAUUGCUCAAUCGCCCUCAGAAAAACCUAUAAUAUCCAAUGAAACUGAUAAUACACCUAAAAAUAUUAUCGAAAAUUCAAAUCUGCCUCCACCCUCAAAUUUACAAGCGUCUCCCGAUCGAAGUCAGAAGGAUAAAACUCCAACAAAAUUCAAAAUACCAUCGAUAUUUUUGCUUGUUUCACAGGCAGAACAUCGAACUGUCUCUAUAGAAUAA